AGGGAGUGAAUGCUUCGUUGAAAGUUAUUAGAUAAUUUCAGUUACACGUGGGCAUGGUCGCUAACGUGGUUCUGGAUACUUGUAUUUUUGAUUGGUUCGUACGUAAUAUUCGUAAACGAUGAUAUCAAGAGGAAUUUUACUAUCUCUUGUGCUACUACAGACAGCUCGUUUAGCUGAAGAGACCAUCAUAACAGAUAUUCAUUCUAUUGCUUUACGUAAUGUGAAGUAUUCUGUGAUAUUUUACCUAUGGAAUUUACCAGCAGCAGUAGAAGCCAUACCUCCCAUUGAGUUGCAAGCAAAACUAAAAGAGAAGAUAAAAAAGGGGAAGGAGCUUCUUGAGAACUUGAAUGACCUUUUGGAAAAAAUUAAAACGAGCCUGAAAAAGAAGAAAAAGAUUGAGCAGACCACUCUGGAAAAGAUUGUGGAAGUGAAAGAAGAGUUUAAAAAACUUCAAGUAGAUUCGGGAGAUUUACCUAAAGAACUUCUCGACAACUUUAAGGAAAAGACUCUGGAAGCUUUCAUGCUCAUACUACAAAGUUACGGGCUUGGUGAUAUUCCUCUUAUCAAAACGCUGGAAAAGGCUAAAGACAUGGAGAUGGAAGAAUUGGCAGAAAAUCUCCAAGACACCUUCUCAGGCAAAAAUCACAGAGAAUUAUAAUAGAUGAAACAUUCGAAGAUCAAGCUUUUUGAAAUGGUAUGAUUAUUAAAGUAAAGGAUGAUAUUUCACUUUAAAAUCGAAUUUUGAACUUGUGAUGUUGAAAGAAUAGAAUAAAUUAUUUUUUAAAUUAUGA